ACUAUUUAGGCUUUGGGAUGUGAGUCAUACAUAAGCACACAUUUAUAUAUUCAUUCUGCUCUCAUUUUACUCGAAAUGGCUGAGCCGGCGCCUCCAGCCGAAGAACCGGAGGAGAAACCAUCUCCAUCAAAGGCAAAACAAAUUACCUAUAUAGUCCUUCAUGUCUUAUUUCACACAAUCUUCAUAUUGUAUUUUAUUGGAGCAACAGUCGUAUUUGUUUUGUAUGACAAGGAAUCCGAUGAUUGCGUGCCACCUGAGAGUCCCGCCACGGAAACGGUAGGAAACUCAUCAGAACUAGAACCAGCGACCACAAAUGAAAACUCAGCCGAAUCCGAAGAGGAAGCGUUUACCCCAAAAAUUCUGUGUAACAUGAACUGGUGCCAUGGAUACGGAUUUCUUCUCACCUUAUUUGUUUUGUUUUAUAUAUUGUGGCUUUACUACUGGGUGUUUAAGCCAUUUGUGGGCAUCAAACUGUAUAACAAUUACAUAGAACCAGCCAUUGACUUAUGGAUUAAGUUUAGUCGGACAUGGAUCGUCUCUGGCGUGAUGCUGGUAGUUGCGGUCUCAGUGGCGGUGGCCUACCUCGGUUACGAGUGUCGCUCCGACAUCAACAAGGCGAUCGGACUGCUGGGGCCCCUGUGUUUUAUCCUGAUCGGAUUUGCAGCCUCCAAGCACCACAAGAGGGUGCCGUGGCGCAUCGUGACGCAUGGGCUCCUGGGCCAACUGCUUCUGGGGAUUAUCUGCCUGCGGGUCAACUUCGGCCAGGCUGCCUUCGAAUGUCUCGGGGAUAAGGUGACCAAAUUUCUGGCCUACACCCAGGACGGAGCACGCUUCGUGUACGGAGAUCGAAUCUGCGAUGAGUACGUCUUCGCCUUUGCCAUACUGGCGGUGGUGUUCUUCUUCAGCGUGAUGACCAGCAUCAUGUACUACCUGGGCUGGAUGCAGUUCGUCCUGGGCAUUUUCGGGUUUUUGCUGCAGGCCACGGUGGGCACCACCGUUUGCGAAAGCGUGAAUGCGGCGGGCAAUGUCUUUCUAAGCAUGACCGAGAGUCCCCUGUUAGUCCGUCCGUACAUCGCAAUACUGACCAUGAGCGAAUUGCACACGAUCUGCACCUCCGGCUAUGCGUCAGUAUCGGGAUCCGUUUUUGGGGCUUACGUAAGCUUUGGCGCCUCGGCCGCCCUCCUGAUCUCGGCCAGCGUGAUGGCUGCUCCGGGUGCCCUGGCCUUUUCCAAGCUCUUCUACCCAGAGACUGAGGAGUCGCUGACCAGGUCCGAUAACAUUAAGCUGGAGAAAUCGCAGGAUGACUCCAUUUUGGAUGCAGCAGCCGGUGGGGCCGCAGCGGCCCUGUUGAUUGUGCUCGGAAUCGUGGCGAACAUAAUUGCCUUCCUGGCCAUUGUGUCCUUUCUUAACGCAUUAACCGAGUGGACAUUCGAGCUAAUCGGGCUGCAGAACAUCACGCUGCUUUACCUACUCUCCCAGAUUUUUGUGCCAGUCGUGUUCGUGAUGGGUGUUCCGUGGCACGACUGUCAAGAGAUUGGGCAAAUCGUGGCCGAGAAAUCGCUGAUCAAUGAGUUUAUCGCUUUUAAGCACCUUGGCGAGUUAACGAAGGAAGAAAAGGUCGAUCCACGGAGUGCGGUAAUUGCCACGUUUGCCAUUUGCGGAUUUGCCAACCCCGGAUCACUGGGCAUCCUCAUCGCUGGACUUAGUGCAAUGGCCCCAAGCCGACGACCAGACAUUGCCAAAGUGGCCGUCCGAGCCUACUUUUCCGGCAGUUUCGUCAGCUUUACAUCAGCAUCCAUUGCAGGUAUUCUUAUUUAGCAUUAUUUAAUUCGCCGUCUUGACUUCAAAAGAACCAUUAAGUUAGAGACUGCUUUGCAACAUGUGGAUGUGGAUGUCCGAUCUUAAAUUAUGAGUAUAGAAAACAAUGGAUAACGCUAAG